CAAGCCGCCAAAGUGGAGAGUGUCGUUGCACCAGGGGGACCAUCUCGUUUCAGUGUGGGGGGAGGAGGUGGGGGUGCACACCAGCACUAUCCCAAGACUGUCUGCAACGGCGAGUUCCUGGGGAAACCCCCAGGUCCAGGCGUUCAGAGAUGGAUUCCUUCUCGAAGCACUAGACGAGAUGUCUGCUCCUCCACUGAGAAAGGACAGCAUGAUGCAAUCUUCAGAAAAGUGAGAGGCAUACUCAAUAAGUUGACCCCAGAGAAGUUUGACAAACUGUGUCUGGAACUCCUCAAUGUGGGCGUGGAUUCAAAACUUGUCCUAAAGGGAAUCGUCCUUUUGAUUGUCGACAAAUCCCUUGAGGAGCCCAAGUACAGCCAGCUUUAUGCCCGGUUAUGUCUCCGCUUGGCAGAUGAUGCACCAGACUUUGACGCCAUCGCAGAAGAUCAACCACCAAACAAGCAAAAUUCUACCUUCAGAAGGCUUCUGAUCUCCAAGCUUCAAGAUGAAUUUGAGAACCGUGCCAGGAAUGUGGACCUCUUUGACAAACGUGAUGGCCCACUCACUGCUGAGGAGGAGGAGCAGCGUGCUAUUGCAAAGAUCAAGAUGCUGGGAAACAUCAAAUUCAUCGGAGAACUUGGCAAACUCAAUCUCAUCCAUGAAUCAAUUCUUCACAAGUGCAUCAAAACACUGCUGGAAAAGAAAAGGCGAGUUCAGCUUGAGGACAUGGGUGAGGACUUGGAAUGCCUCUGUCAGAUAAUGAAAACGGUGGGACCUAAACUCGAUCAUGACAAGGCUAAGUCCUUGAUGGAUCAGUACUUUGGUCGUAUGCGAUCCUUAAUGAACAACAAGGAUCUGCCGGCGAGGAUUCGCUUCCUGCUGCAGAACAUGGUGGAGCUGCGAGAGAACGACUGGGUUCCCCGCAAAGCUUACGUUGACAACGGACCAAAGACCAUCAACCAAAUUCGUCAAGAUGCAGUGAAGGAUUUGGGUGUUUUCAUUCCUCCCUCAACUGAUGUGUUGAAGAGUGAUUUCUUUGUGGGAAACCCUUUCCUGUCAAGGAUGCCGUUCGACAGGGAGCCUGUUGGUGGCCUGGCCGACAUGUUUGGGCAACUGCCUGGGAUUGGUAUUGGGACUGGUCCAGGAGUAAUUCAGGACCAUUAUUCCCCUACGAUGGGGCGUCAUCGUACUAGCCCUCUCUUCAACGGCCAUAUUGGAAAUGGGAAUGGCUCGCAUCAGCCUCAGUUUGAAACAGGAGGAAAACCGUUUAUAAAACCAAACCAGGGGCAGAAUUCACCAGUUUUUAGCCAUAAACAGAAUCACUCGGUGCAGAUGCAGUCAAAGGACAUGGCUCCAAGGUUCAGCAAGAAAGGGAAACUCAAUGCUGAUGAGAUCAGCCUGAGACCUGCUCAGUCAUUCAUCCUGAGUAAAAAUCAAAUGCCGAAGCUGCAGCCACAAAUGACCAUGAUUCCCCAAGCUGGCCCCCCUAUAGGACAGCUUGGCCUCAAAACCAAUCCUCCUCCUAUCCAGGAAAAACCAGCAAAGUCCAACAAAAAGGCUCCUCCUACAAAAGAGGAGUUGCACAAAAUGACCGAGACACUGGUGACAGACUACCUAAACAGCAAAAACAUCGACGAGUCAGUGAAUGCUGUGAAGGAGAUGAAAGUUCCCAAACACUUCUUGUCUGAGAUGUUGAAUAAGAUAAUCGUCCACUCACUCAACCGGUCAGAUGAGGAAAAGGAAGACGUGAGCAAACUGAUCCAUGCGCUCUGCGCCGAGGGUCUGGUCGCCCGUGAAAACCUUAUACCAUCCUUUUUGGGUGUUUUGGAUCAGUGCCCCAAGAUGGAGGAAGAGAUCCCUCUGUUGAAGUCCUACCUGGCCCAGUUUGCUGCACGAGCGGUCGUUUCUGAGCUGGCCAGCCUGGACGAUUUGACUCAUCAGCUUGAGAAUGGGGCUCAUUUCCCGCUGUUCCUGCUCUGCCUGCAGCAGAUGGUCAAACUGAAGGACCGCGAGUGGCUUGGUGACCUCUUCCAGCAGAGCAAGGUCAACAUGCAGAAGAUGCUACCUGAAAUCGACCAGAACAAGGACCGGAUGUUGGAGAUUCUAGAGGGAAAGGGUCUCAGCUUUUUGUUCCCGCUGAUGAAGCUGGAAAAGGAGUUGCUCAAACAGAUCAAAGUCGACCCCUCACCUCAGUCCAUCUAUAAGUGGAUCAAAGACAACAUCUCUCCAAAACUCCACACUGACAGAGGCUUCAUCAACAUCCUCGUGACCAGCUUUCUGCAGUAUGUUGCCUACGAGAUCAAUCCUGAUGACGACGAGGAGCUCUUUGCAUCACCAAGUAAAGAACAACUGGACGAAGAGAAGCAGCUGUUGCUGUCUUUCAAGCCAGUGAUGCAGAAGUUUCUCCAUGACCACAUUAACCUGCAAGUCAGUGCUCUGUACGCUCUGCAGGUGCAUUGCAGUGCCAAGGGAUUCCCCAAAGGCAUGUUGCUGCGCUACUUUGUCAACCUUUACGACAUGGAAAUAAUCGAAGAAGAAGCCUUCCUGUCAUGGAAAGAGGAUGUCAACGAGGAGUUUCCAGGGAAAGGGAAAGCAUUAUUUCAGGUGAACCAGUGGCUGACCUGGCUGGAGACUGCUGAAAAUGAGGAGUCUGAGGAUGAAGAUUACUGAGAACUAGGCCAAAGCCAUGUGUUAUUACAAUGCAAUGAGUGAUUAUUUAGCAUCUGUUUUUUUAGCCUCUUGUCUGACUUGUUACGUUUUACUCCACCAUGAAAUGUUUUGCCGAAUCUCAGCAGUUUUAACAUCUUACUGCACUUUCUAAUCUCAUUCAAUGUUUGCAGCCAUGUUGAAACAUUUCAUUCAUCUUAAGAUUUACUGCAACAGUGUUUUCAGGGAAAUUCAUCAUCCCUGGUCAGAUUAAAAAUCCUAAAACGGUUUACAAAAGAUCAAAUGGAAACCCCUCUGAGGUUUUUGUGUUUUCCUGAUUUAAAGUCGAGUUAGAUGCACUUUGCUUAACAUCAUGAGUCGUUGCAAUAGUAAUAUUAGGUGCUGGUGGCUUUUAUUUUUGCUUGUAGCCAACGUUCUUGCACACUAUGACUCGCAUUUAGCUGAACGGAUCAAGCUUUUGUGUGUGAAAUGUUUUUGUGCUGUUGGGAAUGAAUCAGUGUGGCCUUUUAAUUUAUCAUUCAUAUUAUACCUCUGAUGUGGCUGACUACACUUGAAUGUCUUGGGUUUUUUAUUUUAACAUCUAGACAGCCAAAGCGCUCUGCUGAGGUUGUUCACUACUUGUGGAAGUUUUACAUCUGUUUGCAAUAUUUGUAAAGUUCUUAAAGGGUCUUUUUAUCUUCAUGAAAUAAUAACAGAAUGUUCUGUAUGUGUACACUUCCACCUUAUUGGGUCUCACUGUAACCUUAAGUGUACAACUACAGCUCAGCUUUCAAUAAAGUUUGAUUGUUUA